UUAUCAGAGGUGAAGGGGCGGAGCUCUCUCUCAGCUCUCUGUAAUGAAGGUGAAAGUGAAAGUAGCCAUUAUACUUCCUGCUGUAACAGACUAAAACAGGAGGAAUAUAUUUGUGUGUAGACAGGGGGGAGAUUUUACACACGGUGUUUAAACUGUAAUGAGGUCAAAAUACUGAAUAUGAGCCGCUCUGAAAUGUGGACACACUUCAGCUAAAGCAGCAGAUUUGUUUAUAUCUGAGGAACCGAAAAGGAUUUUAUUAGUUUGAACCUACAGAAAGAGAUAAAGAUGGCGGCUGCACGCAAUGAGUUUAAACUCAUUCGUUCCAGUGGUACAAAGGAGUAUAAACGCUCCGCUGUCACUCUCUCGUGUCGUCUGUCUCCUGAAAUCAGUGCUGUUAACAUGGAGAUCCGGUGGUUUAAGGGGACACGCUGUGUUUGUGUCUAUAAGAACGGACAUGUGACAGGGGGGAGAGGUUACGAGGGCAGAGUGAGUCUGUUCACUCAGGAGAUGGAGAGAGGAAACGUCUCCUUACAGCUGAGAGACUGUGGAUGGUCAGAUGAAGGACAUUACCUGUGUCAGGUCACUGAUGGAGACAGAACAGAGGAGAUUACAGUACUGAUGACAGCAUGGGUAAGUAAAUAACUCGACUUCACACUAACGGUCGUGGGUGAUAUUUUAUAAACUUAUAUAUUAGCACAAUCCUUCAUUCUACAGAUUUACUGUGUGUGAUGACUGAUUGUUGUCUAGUUUUCCUCUUUUUUAUUAAGACACACAUCAGCUGUGUUUUAACCAGAGUAACAGUUACUUUCACAUUUUCACAUGGAACAAUUCACAUUUGACUUCAUGCAUAAAAUCUUCACACUGUAUUAUUUACUUUCACAGUGGGCACUAUCAGGUGAGUAUAAACACUUUUCUAUGAUGUUGAUGUGUUGAUGCUGCAUGAAUAAUAUAUUUAUUGUGCAGAUGAAAUAGAUUAGACUGUGCUGUGUGUUCAGAGUGCAAUAGCACAUAGAUAUAUGAGCAUCAUGAGCAUAGUGUAGUGAACACCACAGACUGUGAUCGCUGCAGAACGUCCAUCACGCUGGAGUCUAGUUUGUCAUUAGUGUUAUACAGACACAGAAAUCUGACCUACACACUGAUACUGAGAGCUAAAAAGCUGAAGGUGUCUUUACAAAAGACACACACACUCAUUAGUGAACAAUCUGAUGUAAUGGAGCUAAUAAUCAGAGACGGGCUCGAUAUCAGUUUAAAAUGAAACAAUCAGAGACAUUUCUCCAUCAGAGAGGAAAUUAAACUACACACUAAAUGUGUCCUUUAGAUUGUUACAGUUACUGGACAUCCAGUAGAACAGACUAGAUCACUGCCUCAUCUAGCACUGAGAACCACGACAACACACAAAGCUAGCUAAUAUCGGGCAGCGAGUUUGUUCUGUAGACUGUGUGCUGUGUUUGAAUGAGCGCAGUCAGAAUGAGCACAGUUACACUGCGACAUCGGAGAUCAGAUUGCUGCAGAAUCAGACAGAGCCACGGUGCGAGCUAACCGGCUAACGCUAGGUAAAAGACAAGCUCUUGUUGAAAGUGAGCGGUUUUGCUCUUUUACCUUGUACUCAGUAACUGUGAGAGUCACAUUGAUGAUCAAAUCAACUCCAAUAUUUUAAACAGGAUGAAAAUACACCAUGUAAAACAAUUCAACAUAAACAUUAGUGACAGACUGUAGAGUUCUGAGACAAAGAACAAAACUCCACCAGCAUGACCUCAGAGGCUUCAUCCAAUAGAGAGAUAAACACACAGAUACACUUCAAGAGCAAAGGAGCAGAUUUUACAGUUUGAUAAAAAAAAAGUAGAUGAUGGACAGAUGAGACAAAGACUACGCUGUAGCAGAGUGAUGAAAAGAGGAAAGUGUGAAGAAAAAAGAAAAGCGCGCAUGAUCCAAAUCAAAGCAGCACUUCUGUGAACCAUGGAGACAUGGACAUUUAUGGAAGAGUAGAACUUGUCUUUAUUUUCCCCUGAUACAAAUAGAAAUGGAUUAAAAUAUGGUGAUGCUCAGCAUUUUCACUUCAUAUGGAGUGUUUUAUUCAACAGUCGAUCACAGAUAUGUGUUACUGCACGGAGGAAAACACUCCAUGAAGAUUUUAAUGAUUUAAAUAUAAACUAUUUAUAAUGAUUCACUAUCUGUUGUUAUGUUUGAUAAAAAUAUUAAAAUUGUAGCUGAACUGAAAGCACAGAGUGAAGAUUGUUUAGCAGCGAUUCUGACUGUAAAUCAUAAGUUUUUCUCUCU